ACCAGCGCCUCGGCCUGGCGCCCGCCGCCGGCUCCCGGGCUCGCGGGCUGAGGUGGAGCGGGCGGCAGCCACCGCGGCCGACGCGCGCCCUCGACGUCCCUGCGCCCGCCCGGGUCCGGCGUGGACGCCGCUGGCAGCCGGGAAACGUCGUUUAAUGACAAAUCCAUGCUCACAGGGUAAAAAUGGCCGGCUUCCUAGACAACUUCCGAUGGCCAGAGUGCGAAUGCAUUGACUGGAGCGAGAGAAGGAACACUGUGGCCUCCGUGGUUGCAGGCAUACUGUUUUUUACAGGUUGGUGGAUAAUGAUUGAUGCUGCCGUGGUCUAUCCUAAGCCUGAGCAGUUGAAUCACGCCUUUCACACAUGUGGUGUGUUUUCCACACUGGCUUUCUUCAUGAUAAAUGCUGUAUCCAAUGCGCAAGUGAGAGGUGACAGCUAUGAGAGUGGCUGCUUAGGAAGGACAGGUGCUCGAGUCUGGCUCUUCAUUGGUUUCAUGCUGAUGUUCGGGUCACUUAUUGCCUCCAUGUGGAUUCUUUUUGGUGCAUAUGUUACUCAAAAUAUUGAUGUUUAUCCCGGACUAGCUGUGUUCUUUCAAAAUGCUCUUAUAUUUUUUAGCACUCUGAUCUACAAAUUUGGAAGAACUGAAGAGCUCUGGACUUGAGAUCCGGUCACCUCUCAAAUCGCACCCUCCUCCUGUUCUGUUCUCCGCGUAGAUUACUUUAUCUCUGGUAUAAUUUAUACAUUGCCAAAUGGAACAGAGUGUGCACUCAGGGUUCCGUUUUGUCACAGUUUUAGGCCCCAAGUUUUGAAUCGCUUUUGCAAAAUGUCUGUCUUGACUUUUUCAUUGAUUAGACAACUUAGUAUGUACAUAAUACAUGACUACUGAACACAUGAUACCUGAUGCUAAAUGUCAGGAUUUUUAUUCUAAGAUUGGUGUGUAUUCUGAGCCAGGGUCCUAUUGUCUUGGUGUUUAGGAGUAAAUACUCUGUCUUCGUAUCUGAUGUUUGAAAAUGUGCAAAAUAUUCAGCUCCGUGACUCUAAGAGAAGCCCUGAGCUAUUAGAGAAGGCAUUUCUGCCUGUUGUAAUUUAUUUUGGCUUGGAAAUAAGACUUUUUAAAGAAAAAAAUGUUUGUGCUUAUGCUUAUGUACGCACUAGAGAACUGGACAUUUUAUAUGAAGAUUUUUAAAUGGCCAAAGGUCUAGUUUGAAAGCCUUUAGAAGAAUUUCUCUAACAUGACUUUUAUUUGAUUCUCAGCAGAAGUUCAUUUUUGAGUGGGCAGCUGAGCAAUGUGUUCCCGUCGCACCACACGCCCUCAGUGCUCCCUCUCACACGCCCUCAGUGCUCCCUCUCACCACACGCCCUAGUGCUCCCUCUCACCACACGCCCUCAGUGCUCCCUCUCACCACACGCCCUCAGUGCUCCCUCUCACACGCCCUCAGUGCUCCCUCUCACCACACGCCCUCAGUGCUCCCUCUCACGCGCCCUCAGUGCUCCCUCUCACCACACACCCUCAGUGCUCCCUCCCACACGCCCUCAGUGCUCCCUCUCACCACACGCCCUCAGUGCUCCCUCUCAUCACACGCCCUCAGUGCUCCCUUCCACACGCCCUCAGUGCUCCCUCUCACCACACGCCCUCAGUGCUCCCUCUCACACGCCCUCAGUGCUCCCUCUCACCACACGCCCUCAGUGCUCCCUCUCACCACACGCCCUCAGUGCUCCCUCUCACCACACGCCCUCAGUGCUCCCUCUCACCACACGCCCUCAGUGCUCCCUCUCACGCGCCCUCUCACACGCCCUCAGUGCUCCCUCUCACCACACGCCCUUAGUGCUCCCUCUCACACGCCCUCUCACGCACCCUCAGUGCUCCCGGGUUAUUGUCUUACAUGGCUCGGCAGCAUCUGCACACACUCAAGCCAGUGGCCCUGACACAGGUGUAGUUCAGUGUCACAAGAAGCGGGACCCUGAGUUGCAGAUAAAGACUUCUUCCGGAAGGGCACUAUGGCCUAGUGAAAAGGCAGGCACUUGAUUCCCUUAGUCCUUGCCUCCCUGUGCUGUAGCCUUCAGACAGUGCUGCACGAAAUACAGUAUCAUUUACUGAAAGUUUGCACUCCACUGUAGAAGCCCGUCUGCCACGGCUGAGAGCUGAGCUUGCCCUGUGUAUGUUCCUGUGGACCUUCCCUUGGUGUAAAGAUUCUGUGUUGCACUUUGAACCCCAGAGGGAUUUUUAUAAAACUUUUGCUGUGAAACAGUAAUAUCAGCGGUAGCAUUUGCACCUUCUGCUGCAGGGCUCCCCCCCCCAAGCAGGCCUCCUGAGGGGCCUCACUAAGCACAGCGCGUGAAGCAGCUGCGGAUGCUGCGCCUUCCUCUAGAUGCAUCUCACUACAUUACUUUCCUUUCCUAGAAAUGCCGGCUUUGUCUUGCUUCCAGAAAACCUCAGAGCUAAUCACACGUUUCCAUUCUUGGAAUCUAAUGCAAUAACAAUCCCCUCUCACACAUACUAUACAGUUGAGUGUGCCGGGGAAAAUGAACCAUGAGAGCUGCUUUCUGUUCACUCCUCAUUGUCCGAGAGGUAUUCAUAAACAAGGAGCUGAACGACUAGCAGGCCAGUGUGGAGGCUCAUGAAGGGCAGUCCUGAGGACCGCUGCAAAGUGCUGGCGGCCGCUUCUCAUGACUCCAUUCGUGAGUUUUGUUUGAACUGUGGGCAAAUGUGUUGAUUUUCUGUUUGUUGUCUCACUAAACAAGAAGAUGGCGUUGGUACCUUCUCACAGGUGUUAUGUAUGAGUCCACAGCAUCCUCGGUGACCGUCUAAAUAAAGGUCUCACUUGUUACUCCUG